AUGGAAAAUGACGGCAAUGAACCACAGUCGCCGGGUUUAGGAAGAAAGAGACGUGGUCGUCUCACAGCUCUCGAUGAGUUCUUGCUUAACAGGGUUUCAAAAAUGCAACAGAGGGGCAAACAUGAAACACUUGGCAGCCACACUGCCUGGGAUGCUUCAUUUCUUACAUCUGAAUCAUUUACUAAAGCCUUACAUAGAGACAAAGAGAAUGUACAAAUUCCAGAUACUCAUCGAGGCAAUCCAGAACCAGCUCGCAAAUACAGAGGACCAAGCAUUCAAACAAUUCUUGAUGGCAAGAGUAAAGGGAGUCCUAGCACUGCAUCCACAGCAAGUGGCUCUAAGAAGCGUGGUCGCGGUCCGGGCGUCAACAAAAUGUUCAUGGAUAUGCAUAAAGAAAACGAUUCUGUGAAAGAAAUUCCACAGGGUACUAAACGUAGAGGUAGGGGACUUGGGGCCAAGACAUUCGCAAAGCAGAGGCUAGCAGCAGAGACUCAGUUUACACAAAACCAGGGAAGUUUGAAGACUCUAGGAUUGGGGACUCCAAGCAGCACAAUCACCUUCCAAUGUACUACAGGUUGUGGUAAACCACCAUGCUCGCAUCAGUACACCUCGGACACAACUAAUGACAGUGUCGGAUGUGCACGGUCAAAUGCUAUUUCUUCUGUCAUCCUGGAAAAGCUGACUAGCGACGAAUGUCAAAGGCACUUCCGACCAAGUCCUGGGGCAUCUACAUCUAGAGUUAAAAAUCUCUUCAAUGAAUUUGAAGAUGCAUUUGACCCAUCUGAUUUCGGAGAGGACAUAUUUAUGGAUGGUGACGACAUUAUUGAAAAUAUUACAGAUUUAUGGAAAGGUUAUUACAGUAUCGGACCUCCUCAUGCCAAAUGCAAUUACUGUGGUGCUGUAAUGUGGGAACAGGAGCGCAACAACAAGUCACACCGUAAUGCUCCUCUGAUUUUCUCACUAUGCUGUAAAAGUGGUCAAGUUGUACUACCUCGGGAGCAACAGCCACCAGAACCUCUAGCAUCCCUGCUCAAUGGUGGUCCUAAAUCUUCUCAUUUUCGACAAAACAUAAGGGUAUAUAAUUGCAUGUUCGCAAUGUGUUCCAGUGGUGGCAAAAUAGAUCAUAAGAUAAACAGGGGUGGUGCCCCCUUUUGCUUCAAAAUAAGGGGCCAAAACAUGCAUUUUAUUAUUGGCAGUCUUUUACCAGAAAAGGGUGUGAAACCGAAAUUCUGUCAACUUUAUAUAUAUGAUACUGAGAAUGAGCAGAGUAACCGGAUUGGAGCUGUUGGUUCAAAUCCGGAUGAGGUUGAUCUUGAAAUUGUGGAAGGUCUUACCAGAAUGCUUGAUGAGAAUAACAAAUUGGUUCGAUAUUUCCGAUCUUCUCGCGAAGAAGCAAAGAAAAGCCAACAGGAGGAGUUCAAGCUAAUUCUUAUAUCAUCACAGGCGGAGAAUGGUCGUCCAAAUAUCAUUGGUCCGUCGAAUGAAAUUGCAGGUCUUAUCGUUAAUGCGAGUGCUAACACAGCUGGCUGUAGAGACAUAGUCUGCCAAACAAGACAAGGUUAUCUAAAGAGAGUGUUCGAGACAGAUGCAUUUUUUAUGCAAUUGCUGGUUCCAUUAUUGUUUCCACGAGGGGAGGAUGGAUACCAUACUGAAAUACCUUUGACAAAUCUCAAGAGGAGAAAUGUACAGUUUAAUGACGAUCAUGAUCAUGAAGGCGAGAGAAAAAUCAGAGAACAUGUUUCUAUGAAAGAAUACUAUUCAUCUAAACUGAUGAUACGACUAAAUGAAGGAUUAACACCACACCUCGGUGGUAGGUUAUGGCAGCAAUAUGUUGUGGACGCUUUUACAGCAAUGGAACAGUAUCGAUUGGAUUGGAUUUCUCGAAACCAGACAACAAUACGGUCUGAUCUUUAUACAUCCGUCCGCGAUGCAGUCCGUAGGGGAGAUAACGAUCCAGCACAUGUUGGUAAAUGCGUAAUACUUCCUGCUUCAUUCACUGGAUCAAAGCGUUACAUGUCUCAAUAUUUCAAAGAUUCCCUUGCUCUGUGUCGUAGUAUUGGCCAUCCUUCUUUGUUCUUAACAAUGACAACCAAUACAAAAUGGCCUGAGAUACAAGAUAUGAUGAAACAUUUGCCCGGUGUUAGUGUUGCUGAUGCUCCAGAUGUUGUUGCCCGUGUAUUUAAAUUGAAGCUUGACCAGUUAAUGGGCCUCAUUAAGAAGAAGCAUUUUUUUGGACGCUGUAUUGGUUUGAUGCAUGUUAUUGAAUUUCAAAAGCGUGGUUUGCCUCACGCUCAUAUGUUAGUGUGGCUUGAUGACAAAGAUAAACCAAAGACGGCGGAGCAAAUUGAUAAGUUGGUGAGUGCAGAGAUUCCAGAUGAAAAUGAGGAUAGUAUUGGAUACCAUGCCGUGAAGAAUUACAUGAUUCAUGGUCCAUGCGGUAAAGAUACAUCUUAUUCUGCCUGCAUGGUUAAUGGUAGAUGUGGACGUCAUUUUCCCAAAAGGUAUAAUGGAGUUACAUGUUUUGAUGAAAGCGGAUUUCCUAUCUAUCGACGUCGGAAUACUGGGCGAACUGUGCGCAGAAAGGGUGUGAUUCUUGACAAUAAGUUUGUUGUUCCAUAUAACAGAGAGUUAUUGCUGCGCUUCCAAUGUCAUAUAAAUCUGGAGAUAUGCAAUAACUCCCGCUCUUUGAAGUACUUAUUUAAGUACUGUCUGAAGGGACAUGACACUGCCACAAUGCUCCUUAAGCGGAAAAACGAUAACACAGCAACUACUGAAUUACAGACAUCCAAUGUUAAAGUGGUCGACGAAGUCAAGCAUUAUCUCGACGGACGGUAUGUCUGCGCAUCUGAAGCUGCUUGGAGAAUUUUUGGAUUUGAUAUUCACUCUCGAUGGCCAUCGGUUGAUCGCCUGCCAAUACAUCUCCCAGAAAGCAAAUAUGUGAGUUUCAAAACGGGAGAGUCAUUGCAGAAUGUUUGUCAGCGUGCAGAUUCUAAGAGAAGCAAACUUGAAGCUUGGUUGAUUGCAAACAGAACCCUCCCAGAGGCCAAAAACUAUACUUAUGCAGAAUUCCCUUCCUUUUUCACAUGGUUGCCAAAGGAGUGCAAAUGGAAGGCCAGGCAGAGAGGUGAUGUUGUUGGGAGGCUGUCCGAGGUUCAUCCAACUGCCGGUGAUUUACUGUACCUUAGAAUGUUGCUGAUGCGGAAAAAGGGCUGCACAAAGUUUGAGGAUAUUCGGACGGUUGACGGAGUGUUGUACAACACAUUUAAAGAUGCCUGUGGUGCAAUGGGAUUACUGCAGAACGACAAGCAAUGGCAUGAUGCACUUAAAGAGAAUGCACACUCAUCUUUCCCUCACCAAAUCAGGGAGAUGUUUGUGAAUAUUUUGUCAUACAGUUCCGUAGCUGAUCCACUACUACUGUGGCAAAGUCACUGGAAAUGUAUGUCCAAGGACAUAAUCAGCAAGCGCAGAAAUCAUACAGGAAAUCCGGAUUUGGAGCUGACGGAUGAAGACAUCCAGAGUUUUGCACUGGCAGAUAUUGAAAAACUACUUAACGACAUUGGCAAGAGUUUAAAGGACUGUCCUGAUUUACCAUUUCCAGGCUCUAUCUACAUGUCAUCUGAUCUCAACCGACUGAUUGUCGAGGAAACAUCUUAUAAUAUCAAUGAAAUGAAAGAAAAGCACGACAAUAACUAUCGGAAAUUAAACGCGGAACAACAGGAGGUGUACAAGGCAGUAAUAAAUUCAGUUGAAGACAAGAAGGGUGGUCUGUUCUUUGUUCAUGGCAGUGGAGGAUGUGGUAAAACAUUCCUAUGGCAAACUAUAAUUUCAUUUGUUCGGUCAAAACGGAAAAUUGUUCUCCCAGUUGCAUCAUCAGGUAUAGCUGCGACGCUGCUACCAGGGGGGAGGACGGCACACUCUCGCUUCCACAUACCUCUUAAGCUUGACCAAUAUUCGUCUGCUGGUAUUAAACAUGGUACUGAUAUUGCGGAAUUACUUCAAGCCACCGAUUUGAUUAUCUGGGAUGAAGCUCCAAUGUAA